AUGCCUCGUGAUGCCGGCCCCCGCAAGCCCACCCUCAAGCAGCUGGCGAAGCAGAAAGCGAAGGACAUCAAGACCCGGGAGCGCAACGAGGCGACGUUCGCAUCCGCCGUUCAGCACUCCAAAAGCACCAUACUCGACGUGGACAUGCGGUUCAUUCAAGACACGCUGACCCAGAACCCGACUUGGAUUUCUCCACUCGCUGGUCUGAUCCGCUCGGGCUCGUUGAAUGGUCUUCUGAAGGACGUUGCCAAGAAGGAGGAGACCGGUGGACUGAGAUGGAAGGGCAAGUGCACCAAAUGGGGCAGUUUGCCGCUUGAGAUGGCGAGCUUAAUGCUCAAGCAUUGCGGUGUGGAGCUCGCGGAGGACGUACAGAAGGACGAACCCGUCGUACGGACCCUCUUCGAGAUCCAGUUCUGGGCAGCCAAGUCGGCGUCCUUGCCAUCUCGUGCGGACAUUCGCUAUCAGUCCACGUUGGUCAAGUUAGCGAGGGCCCGCAUGGAGGACGUUGGUCGCAACUACAUAGCUGCGGUGAACUCGGCGGAGGCUAUCAGUGUUGACCGGGACAGGUACAACAUCUGGUCACUUAGAACAACACGUUGUACUGCCACGUCUUUGCCACACAAGAUGGACACCCUCGCCUCGUACCUCAGCCACGAGCUUCCUACUCUCCCGGACAACAAGACGUGGCAAUUGGACGCCAAGUGGACCUUCGACUUGUCGUCGGACGCAGACACCACGGCUGGCCUCGGCGACAAUGUGCCGCAGGGACCUCCAGCUUUUUUCAGCUCUGCGUCGGACAAGCGUCGGACAGUUGCAUUUUGCAUUCCCGGCGGGACACACGGAAGCCUCAAGGGCGAGAGCUACAAGUUCAAAGAGCCGCAGACCAAGGUAACGGAUGGACAUCGUUUUUGGCACAUGCGUUGGUUUGUGGACUUCCUCGGAGGACACGAGUCUCGAAAUUUCCUCGCAGGCAGUGUGUCGACGUUCAGGAACAAGCUCUUCACGAUUGCAUGGCCCUGCUGGACAGACACGGAGGACGCUCUGAAAAAAGAGAUCGAGUCGCACUUUCUCCAGAGUUCGUUCUCCCUCCUCAAGCAGCAGGAGCACGCUGCAAACGCCGAGAAGAAGGGCACCAAACGAAAGGCAUCCUCGCAGCAGAUGCAGGACGACAUGGAGGACGACAACGAGCAAGCGGACAAUGAGGAGCACACGGGUGACCAGAUGGAAGAGGUAGCAGCUGGACGAAGCACACGUUGUACAGAGUUUGCCACGUCGAGCUUUGCAACGAUUGUUCUUUUGCAUCAAUGGCACCAGGGUAUGCGCAAAGAUGCCAAAUGGAAGAAGCCGGCAGAGGAGGUAUCCAAGCUGGCCGGGGAGUUGCUUCAAGGCCUCGCUUCCUUGUUCCUGCAGACCCCGCAGGACUUCUCAUUCACGUGGGACGGAAACACUCUGGUGCUGCCGUUCAAAGGAGGUUCGCUGGACGUGGACGAGGUUGUACUGCAAAACAGUUUACUUGCUAAAGUACUACACCGCGAUCGUUCCCGAUUCAUGGACGUGCUGCAGGAUGUGAAUGUGGACUGCACCCGUCGGACAAUUGGAGACACUCGCAAGUCAUCUAGUUUGAGGACGAAGUACUACUUGUUGGCGGCUUUGGCACGUGCCAUGGAUUCGUCGGACGACACGCAUUCCUGCUGGACAUCUUUGAAUGUGAAGCAAGUGAUGACACUUACCUCCACAUUGCAAGGACAUGCGUUCACCGUGCAGGACAGCAGCGAACAGCAGGACGAACAAAAGAUCAAGAAGCACGCUUCUAUGGACGCACACAGGCUAGCACGCAUGGAGCGAUACGCCUAUGUCACGCAGGGCAAGUCAGAUUUCCUCUCGACGGACAUUUUGUGCGUGGUGGCAGAUGCAGUGCACGUGGGAAGUGACGAUUGGCUGAACAUCAUGGUGUACAACCACACGACGGACAAAGUUUGGGUCUGCCCGCCGCAGGUCCAGAAAUCGUCCGUCUUGUCGGCUGAGCAGUGGAAAGCUAUGUGGAACAAGGCUUCCAAGAAGUUCCUCGGGAUCGAGAAACCCGUUGGACCUGGUCAUGCGGAGGACCGGCUGGCCACACUGUCUUGGAUGCAGGACAUAAACCACGGCUUGCGACCCAUUGGCUGGACUUUUGGCUGCUGCCAGAGCACGCCGGCCGGCCCCGCGGAGGACGACACGAAGGCUAAACGUGCACCGAUCAUGAUUUUGUGCACCGACCAAGAAGCAACACAGCUGGCGGCUGUCUCCUGCUUGAGGAACAAAAAGAGCCUCUGGAUCGAACACGUCUCGGACCCCGCCCACAGGUCGCACAACGACGUGGCUUUGGCCUUGUCGGCCGCUGGACUCCUGAAGUUCUGCACAUGGUGCAUCUCGCUGUACAACAUCAGGUAUGGACCCUGGCAGAAGGGCUCGUGGGCGUUGAAGAUCCAGCAAGCCGCAAAUCGCAUGAAGGACAACAUGGACCCCUCGGACCCGAUAUUGCUCCUUUUCUUCCCGGACAUUCUGCUGGACGCCGGCCUCUCCCCCCUGGACGACAACACGGAGGAGAAACGCAGGUCGUUUUUGCAGACAUUACCCGACAUGGACUGCAUCCGCAUCAAGGGCACGAAGGCCAGCAAGAGUCGGUUCAAUUCCCUGACGACGGCCCACAGCGCGCUGGACAAAGAGUGGUCGGUCUUGGCUUUAGUUCUCACAGUGGUCUGCUUGGAGCACAACUGGGCAGUUUCCACUAAGGACCUCUUCUCGCAGGACAGCAACCAGGCCCGUGCCUCGGUUCCAUAUGGUGGAAGCAAGUCUUCUGCCAUACAGGAGGCCAAGCAAGGCAUGGACCAGGAGCGGAAGGGCAGCGCGAACAGUCUACACUUAAUGACGAAGUUCGUGAUCUCGCAGGACAACAAGACGACAGCCAGGAUGAUGUUCCAGGUCUUGCAACCCGAAGAGCUUCGUUGUUCGCUCAUGCUCAAGCAGCUGCGUUCCAAAGGCAUGACGAAGGACUACUACUCUGGCUGGGCACACUGGUCUUGGAUGAGCACUGCAAAGGACCACGUCAGGACUUUGUCGAAUUUGGAAGGGUUAUCUCGUGUCGGCCUCGACCUGACACUGGCACGCGCACAACCCCCGGAGGAGACAGAGCUUGUCUGGCAGGACUCGCUCGCAGGCCAAAUGACGCAGUUGACACUACAGAUCCUGCGGCUGCGGGCCGGGGCACAGCUGUACCAUACUGGAGGUUUCGGUGCGACCGCAGGACUAGUCCAUGCUGAAGAGCAGUUCCGUCGGGCAAGCUUGGAUUUUUUCAAAGAGAUGCAGUCUUGUAUCCAGGACACGCAGAGUGGUGGUUCUCGUAUGGCAAAAAAAUUGCUCGAAGGUCAUUUCUCCCAAGGGCCGAUUAGUCGGUACAUCCUCGCCGAUCUUUGCACUACCCGGUUUCAGAGCCUUACGGAGGACGUUGCACACGUAUUGACCAGCAUUUGGUCGGGCCUCUUGAACACGAAGAUCAUCGAAGACUGUAAUAAAGUCGAGCGCGAGGCCGAGCAACGACAUUCGUCUUCGAAGGACUUGGGUCGUUUGGACGGAUGGAAGGCUGUGACCCAACAGGCCGUGGUCAAGAUGUACGAGAGGGUGGAGGCAGUGUCAACGGAGCUCUACCACACGCCGGCAGCGUUUGACGUGGCCAAACUUUUCUGCAAAGACACCGAGAAGAAGAAGAUUCAAGCAGUUCGUCGUCGUUCCGAUUCGUCGGUCAGCACGCAGGGCAGUGCCUCGGAGGUGCAGGAAGCACAGCUUCUUGCAGACGUGACGAAGACGAGGGACUGGGUCUCCCACAACCACGCCGAGGAACAGGAGGUUUUGGCUGCCUUCAGUUUACUGAUGAAGGCGUGGAGGGCCAAGCGAUGGUCGCUUUGUGAAGAAGGUUGGUGCUCUGGACUUUUGCCCGAAGGACAUGUUGUACUGGCAGGUGCAGACCCGUUGUUCAUCGUUCGGACAUACCGUUUGGCUGCACUCGCAUGGCCCGGCAAGAUCGUUAAGGACAAGGACCAUGAGUUUUUCGAAUUCAACAUGGGCGUUCGGUCUCUCUUUUGGAUGCACAGCACAUCUUUGGACUUGGAAGUGUUGCGGCUGCGAGUUGUUUCACCUCUGCGUGCCUCGGCUGCAGUACAGUUGAACAUUGUCAGCCCGACACGGACAUUCUCUAAAUAUAUAUUCGUCCUAUAA